AUGGAUACAGACCUGGACUCGUCUGUGGUCAAACUAAAACUUAUUUCUGCUCUUCGCGAGUCGUCUGUUGAGAAAUUCAACGAACUCGCUGAUGUCUACAACCUGCAAAAGAUACCCUUUUUACUGGGCACCUCAGUCGAAUCGUCGUCCAGCAUUGAGCUCGUGGCGAGGAUUCUCCAGCUGUACCGCGAGCAAAAUCGAGAUAUCAACGAGACGAACGAAAGCGGCUCGACCACGCUGCAUGUCGCUGUUUCCCGCGGCCGUAAUGAUGUCGCGGAGCUCUUGCUAGAACAAGACGACAUCAAUGACACCAUCAUGAACGAUGCUGGUCAGACCCCGUUCGAUUGUGUUUCGAGCCCCCAGCUCACUGAAACACUGCGUCAGGCUCAGAUCCGGUUUAUUGAGCGUAAUGCAAUCAAGGUGAAGGCUUUAUUCGACAGCCAAGACCUUCCCCGACUUGAGGAGGUAUUCGCCAAUUCACGUGUCCAGGAAUUACUAGACAUCAACGGCAUCAACCCCGAUACUGGAUCUACUGUUCUUCAUGAUGCGGCACGCUCAAACAAUUUACAGCUCGUCAAGUUCAUCUUGACUCACAACGGCGACCCGCUGACCCAGGACCGCGACGGCAAGCUGCCGGCUCAAGUGACCAAAAAUGACAAGAUCAAGCGACUGCUGAAUGAUGCGGCCAAAUCGCAAGCAAUUCUUGAUCAGACAUCGCAGUCGAAAGGCGUAAACGACCAUCCCUACAUGGAGGGUUACUUGAAGAAGUGGACCAACGUGACGACUGGCUAUCGCCAGCGCUGGUUUGUACUAAAAGACGGACGCCUCAGUUAUUAUAAAAAGCCCGAGGACUCUGCAAGUUCUUGCCGCGGAUCUAUUGAAAUGAAGAGUGCUCGAGUAAAGCUCGAUUCCAGUGAAAAAAACCGCUUCGAGGUAAAGACGGGCGUUGCCAAAUAUCACUUGCGAGCAAACCAUGCCGUGGAAACCAACAGGUGGGUAUGGGCACUAUCCAAUGCCAUCCGGUUUGCCAAGGAUCAUUCUACCCCCCUACCCGCUCAAUCCUACAUGGGGCAUGCAAAGCGCAAUAGCAUUGCAGCUUCAUCGAUCAACUCUAAUGUGCAACACCAUACAGUUGACUCUUGUGCCCAAAGUGCCUCAUCUCAGUCCAAUCAGCAAUGUAUGAACAGUUCUACUGCUUCUCCAGGAAUUCUUAUCAAUGAUUUAGCUGCUAACAGCUGUGAUGAUGACGAUGAGGACGACGAUGAGGACGACAUUGAAAUUGACGAGAUGACUGCUUCGCCAGUAGGUUACGAUUCAAUUAUCACACAGUUCAAAGUAUUGCGAGACACUUUCCUCUCUAUCAAGGAAGGUGCAGACCAGAGUAACACCAAGGUCAUUGAUGCUGCGACAUUUGGCAUGCAAGCAGUUGAUAAUCUCAAAGGCGAUACACAGUUGAAUCACAAGUUCCUCAAUAGGUUGCGGCGAAAUUUGGCUAGAUCUGACAACAACCAAAAGAUUUGGGCCCGCAAUCUACGUGAUCUCCAAAUCGAGCACGAAAAGGUUCUUGAACAAUUGCAUGUGCUCAAAGGAGAUGCUGAUGAGAGCGAAGACGAAUUCUUUGAUACUAUAGAGGGUGAUGACGUGGUUGAAGAGCGGGUUUCUUCAUCCCACGCCGAACCGUCUGUUACGGAGCCAGCGGCAACUGCAGCUGGCGACGGAAAUGCUGAUGCGACCGUUGCUAAGAAAACUGUGGAGCAACAAGACGAAACCGAGGAGAUUGCCGAUACUUUGGAACAAAAGCAAAAGGCUGAAGUUAUUACCACUGAUAAUUCUUAUGCUGGUUAUGAAAAUGGCAUUCGAACGAAACUCAAAAUUGAUAAUGACAACCGGCCAAAGAUCUCAUUGUGGGGUAUUCUUAAAAACCUUAUUGGAAAAGAUAUGACAAGAAUGACACUUCCUGUCACGUUCAAUGAAUGUAUUUCUUUGAUCCAGCGGUCUGCAGAGGAUAUGGAGUAUGUUGAUUUGCUGGAUAAGGCGGCGGCCACGGCAGACCCUGGUUUGCGCAUGGCAUAUGUCGCUGCGUUCACUGUGUCGUCAUACUCAUCCACAAUCAAUCGUGUUGCCAAGCCUUUCAACCCUCUGCUUGGCGAGACCUAUGAAUACUGUCGCCCCGAUAACCACUUCCGUCUUGUGGCCGAACAGGUAUCCCACCAUCCCCCGAUUGGUGCCUUGAUGGCCGAAUCGCCCAAGUGGGACUUUUACGGUGAUUCCAAUGUCAAAUCGAAGUUUUAUGGUCGUUCGUUUGACAUCAACCCAUUGGGCUUGUGGUACAUCAAUUUGCGACCUGAUGAAGGAGCUGGAGUCAAGGAGGAACUUUAUUCUUAUCGCAAGGUGACUUCAUCGGUUGUUGGAAUUAUGGUGGGCAACCCUGUGGUUGACAACUACGGCACAUUGACGUUGGAGAAUCAUACCUCAGGCUAUAAAUGUGUUCUGGAGCUCAAGGCUCGGGGCUGGCGGGGUGGAUCCGCCUACAAGCUCGAGGGCACCGUCCAAGACAACGAAGGAAACGAUCUUUAUGCAAUUGCUGGCACCUGGAAUGACAAGAUUUACGCCAAAAAGAUUGGUACCAAGCACAAGAUCCUACUUUGGCAAGUUCACGAGCGUCCCCCUGCUCCUUUCAAUCUGACACCAUUCGCAAUUACCCUUAAUGCGAUUGACGACAACCUCAAGCCUUGGCUCCCCCCCACUGACACGCGCCUGCGCCCCGAUCAGAGGUGCAUGGAGGAAGGACUCUAUGACGAAGCAAGCGACGAGAAGCACCGGGUCGAAGAGAAGCAGCGUGCGGCCAGAAAGCAGCGAGAAGCAGAUGGUGUGGAGUGGAAACCGCAAUGGUUUGAGCACGUGAAGCAUCCAGUAACUGAAGCCAUGUACUACCGGCCCAUCAAUGAUUACUGGGGCAACCGUAAGCGGCAGGAGCUUGCCGACAAAGGUGACAUCUUUUGA